UUGUUGUUCUUGUUAUCGAGGAACAUGUCGGGCAGUGCGACAAAGAAAGAGAAGAGAUUUCUGUUCACAUCUGAAUCUGUUGCAGAAGGACAUUCUGAUAAAAUGUGUGAUCAGGUCAGUGACGCUGUGCUUGAUGCUCAUCUAAAGGUUGAUCCCGAUGCCAAGGUGGCUUGUGAAUGUGUGGCCAAAACAGGGAUGAUCUUGCUGUGUGGAGAAAUUACAUCUAAAGCUGUUGUAGACUACCAGCAGGUUGUACGAGAGACCGUAAAGAAGAUUGGUUACGAUGACUCUUCCAAAGGACUGGAUUACAAGACUUGUACUGUGCUGAUCGCCCUGGAACAGCAGUGUCAUGAAAUCAAAGAGGCCAUCUCCUGCGGAAAGACCGAUGAUGAUAUUGGAGCUGGAGAUCAAGGCUUGAUGUUCGGCUAUGCCACGGACGAAAGCGAGGAGUGCAUGCCCCUAACCAUCCUGCUCGCGCACAAACUGAAUGCCAAGCUGAAAUCUCUGGAGAGGGAUGGCACUUUGCCCUGGCUGAGACCAGAUGGGAAAACACAGGUCACAAUGGAAUACAGAGAAGUUGGUGGCGCGGUAGAGCCGAUCCGCGUGCACACCUUGGUCCUUUCGGCCCAUCAUGCUCCCGGGGUGCCGUUGAAGCAGAUGCAGAAAGAGCUGAUGGACAGAGUGGUGAAAGAAGUGAUCCCAGCAAAAUACCUGGAUGAGAGGACAGUCUACCAUCUCUUGCCAAGCAAAGCAUUUCUGGAAGGCGGUCCUAAGAGCGAUGCUGGCCUGACUGGCAGAAAGAUUAUUGUUGAUACGUACGGGGGCUGGGGGGCCCACGGCGGAGGCGCUUUCUCAGGGAAAGACCCCUCUAAAGUUGAUCGCUCGGCAGCAUACGCGGCUCGGUGGGUGGCAAAGUCCUUGGUGAAAGCAGGCCUCUGCAGAAGAGUGUUGGUCCAGCUGUCGUACGCCAUUGGGCUGAGUCACCCUCUAGCCAUCUCGGUGUUCCACUACGGCACGUCGGACAGAUCAGAAGAGGAGCUCCUCGAGAUCGUUCAGAAGAACUUUGACCUCCGUCUUGGCCCGAUCAUCAGGGAGCUGGACUUGAAGAGACCCAUUUAUCAGCAGACUGCAUGCUAUGGGCAUUUUGGAAGAGAAGAAUUUACAUGGGAGCAACCUAAAAAGCUGGUUUAUUAGAGCUGUUUUGGCA